UGCAUCACGUGUUUUUAUACACAUAUAAUUAUAGGUUCUAUUUAACUGCUUUUCUAAAUUUCAACUCUUAAGUGUAUAUUUUCAAAAAAUUGUCUUCUUUUUCUUUCUCUCAUUCUUUAUUUAUCUUCUCAGAGAGAAAAUAGCUUAUUGCUAUUAGUAAAUGAUAAAAAAAAGAUUAAACAGAGUAAAAAAUAUUUUAUAUUUUUAAACAUACAAUGUUGUUUAUAUGUGUACAUGUAGUAUAGAAAGCUUCUAGUUAUAUAUGAUGAUUACUUUGUAAUGUGCUUAAAUAUUGUGCUUACUCUGCUUAUUAAUUAUAUUUUAACUAACUUUUCUCUUAUUCAUUAUAUUUUAACUAACAUAAGUACUAAUAUUAUCAAUUUUUUUUAUUUACUAUUAGUAGGCAUAGCAAAAAUGCAUGGUAUCAGAAAAUUGUUAUUUUUCUGCACGAUGAUAACUGUUCUUCCAUCUAUGCUUAUAUUUAUUCCUUUAUAUCUACGGCAUAUAGUCUAUAAAGAUCUAGCAUAUGCUGUAACAGAAUCUGAUAUCAUGGAAAUCAACGAUGGGAUUUCGACAAUAUUUUGUUCAGAACAUACUUUACGAAUGAAUAGCACUUUCAAUGCUUUUCAAAUGGCUCAUCGACCAGAAAUAACAUCAAAACGAAAGCAUAUAAGGCUCAAAAAAAGCAUGAAUCUACCCGAUGAUACGUUAGAAUAUUGGGGAUUUUAUUUACUGAAAGGUGCAUCUGUAUCAUUAACUGUGUGUUCAAGAUUUGAAGGAGCUUCAAUAUUAGUAGUAAAAGGGGAAAGAAAUUUACGCACUUGUGGUCUGUUGGAACACAAUUUUAACAAGGAUCCAUUGCAAGACGAUAUCUUUUUACCAGGUGCAAACAAACAGGUUAAAAUAUAUGAAUCAAAUGCACAAGAAAUCGAUUCUAAAGAAUUUACAGUAACCGAGUCUUUUAACGUAUAUAAUAUUAAUAAUAACACACAUGAACUAUCCGUAAAUAUAAGCUCUAAAAGUUCAGUGGGAAAAAUAUUUGAUGAUCGUGUUAAUAUAAAUGAUAAUAACAAUAAUAAUAUUACUAAUGAUAACAACAACCAAGUACACACUGCAACAAGUUACGAAAGAAAGUUAGAAGACUUAUAUCAUACCGCUGCCUCGUAUAUUCAUAAUCGUGUAAGUAAUUCGCAGAAAAACGCGAAUAACACUAGAAAGUUGAGACACACUGGAUCUCGUAAGAUGAAGAAAAAUAAAGAUGAGAGAAGAAAACAAGGGAAAAAACAUUUUCAGGAAUAUGAAAAAAAAAUGCAUGUACAAGAAUUGAAACAAAAAUUAGAUUCACAUAUAUUUGCUGAGAAAAAUGUGUUUGAACAACAAGAAGAUAUACAAACAAACAAGAUAUACGCAAAAAGAUUCAAAAGAAGUCGAGAACUCAUUAAACCGCCUUCUCUGUUGGAUCAAGGCAUCAGACACGGUGGAAAUGCUGACAAAAAUUUUAGUUCUUAUUCUAAUGAAGUAUCGUCCAUUUCCAGUUUUGAAACCGGCUUGCUCAAUUGUUACAACGGAGCGAUAUUGUUAGCUUAUGAAUUUGAACCUUCUGAUCUGUGUACUAAUAUUUAUUAUUUGCUCAGCGGUCGACAUACGCAAGCGAAUCACAACGUGGAAGAAGACGGUUACUACUAUUACAUUUUUUAUAGUGAUAAUGAUAUUGUGUCCAAUGACAUGUAUGCGAUUUUUGAUAUAUAUAAACCAACUUUCCAAUAUGAGAAUGUAACUAAGUCAUGCAUUAAUCAAACUGAAUGCUCGUUCUUUUUGAGUCCUCUGUCAGGAGACAGAGUGAUCGUUGAAAUACCGACCAAAGACGGCAUAGAGAAUGACGAAACCGAUGAUAUUAGCAUGUUAAUUUCUGUCUGUAAGCCACGAAUGGCUGUAUACAUGAUUUUUCCAAUUGCAAUAUUAUUGAUAAUUCUUGGUUGUGCUUCUAUAUAAAUAAGUUUAACUUGGUAAUACUUACUUGGAUAUUCUCUAUAGAUAUAAGGAUGUAUUAUAUAAAACUUAUAAGUACAAAUUAGAGAUAAUUAUUAGAGAUUAAAUUGUAUAUACUCAGAACAGUGUGAAAACAUUUUAUAAGUUAUAAAAUGAUGAGAAUGAUUAACCAUUACAGAUCGGGUCGCAGCAACUAUGUAAAAAACAUAACGGGGAUAUCAUGUUUUUUUCAUCACACUACUCUGCAUAUGAAAAAGUUGUAGUUCAAAAACUAAAAGCCGUCCCGCUUGUAACGGUUAAGUUGGCCACAAAUUUCAGUUUUUUUAAACAAGAGAAAUUAAAACUGUUCAAUUUAAUUUCUCUUUUAUUUUUUGGAUUGAAAUUCUGUUCUAGUUUUCGCUAUUACUUUUAAGAAGAUUAAAAGGCUUUAUUUUGAAUUUGAUUCGUUUUUACGUGACGUUAGACGUGAUCACGUAAUGCUUUUGUAGUAGACUGUAAAACUAUAAAAAGUGAAAAAAAUUAAAAAACUACUAAAUAAGUGAAAAACUUUUUGGUCAACGUGAUAUAUUUUUACUUAAGACUACUACAAAAUAUAUGCGGUGCGGCAGGACAGCUGGUACAACAGCAAAAGUGAUGAUUCAUUGUGAAAAGAAAUAAGUGGAAAAUGUAGAAUACAAUUUUUUAUGCGAGAUUUUAGAUCUUGAGAAAAUCAAUGUUGAAAAUUAAAAGACUGAUAGGAUAUUUACGCUUAAUAUUGUGACUUUUAAGAACUUUUUGUCAUAAAACAUCAAAUGUAUUCCUGCCGCAUCUUCUUUUCUAUUAAAUGCAUAGAUAUAUAUGGAUUACAUAUACAUAAACAAUAAAGUACCAAAGUAAUUGUUCUUUA